AUGUUCUUCCUCCACAUCGCCUCAAAUACGCGGCGGGGUCAAGAGAGCCGGGAUCAGAGGGACAGACCGAAACUCCCAAACAAAGCUGAGAAGUUUACCAAUUUAUUGCUCGGUCUAUCUGUCCGUCUCCUUGGCUUCAUUUUGAUUUCUGUAUUUAUCCUCUCUUUUACCUUUUCUGAUAUUAACUUUAUUGUUUCUUUCUUUCGUUUUUCUUUUCGUUUUAUCUCUUUCUUUUUAUUGUAUCAUUUUGCCUCGUCCUUUUCUUUUUUCUCGUUUCUUUUUUGUCUCUUUCUUUAUCCUCGCCAUUUUGUAUUGCCUCUUUUCUGUAGUUCUUUUUUCCUAGUCACUUUCUUGCUAUCUUCACGUUCCUCUGUUUGUCUCUUUUAUGCCAUUUUCCGCAAAUUUCUUUCUUUUUUUUGUCUCUGUUUUUAUUAUCAUUUUCCCGUCUUUAUCGUUUCUUUUUUCUUCCACUUUUCCACUGUUUUCUUGAGUAUCUUUCUUUUCUUCCUCGGAUAUUCCUUCAUUCUCGAGUCUUUUUCUUUUCUUUCUUUCACAAGUCUUUUCUGUCUUUCUCUUUUCUCUCUCUUUUAUAUAUCUCUCUCGAUCUCUCUCUCUUUUAUUUUCCUCUCGAGUCUCUCACUCUCUCUCUUUUUUUUCCUCUCGAGUCUCUCACUCUCUCUCUUUUUUUUCCUCUCGAGUCUCUCACUCUCUCUCUUUUUUUUUCCUCUCGAGUCUCUCACUCUCUCUCUUUUUUUCCUCUCGAGUCUCUCACUCUCUCUCUCUUUUUUCCUCUCGAGUCUCUCACUCUCUCUCUCUUUUUUCCUCUCAGAGUCUCACUCUCUCUUUUUUUUCCUCUCGAGUCUCUCACUCUCUCUCUUUUUUUUUCCUCUCGAGUCUCUUUCUCUCUCUUUUUUUUCCUCUCAGUCUCUCCUCUCUCUUUUUUUCCUCUCGAGUCUCUCACUCUCUCUCUUUUUUUUCCUCUCAGAGUCUCUCUCUCUCUCUUUUUUUUCCUCUCGUCUCUCCUCUCUCUCUUUUUUCCUCUCGAGUCUCUCCUCUCUCUUUUUUUUUUUCCUCUCGAGUCUCUCCUCUCUCUCUUUUUUUUCCUCUCGAGUCUCUCCUCUCUCUCUUUUUCCUCUCAGAGUCUCACUCUCUCUCUUUUUUUUCCUCUCAGGUCUCUCCUCUCUCUCUCUCUUUUUUCCUCUCAGUCUCUCACUCUCUCUCUCUUUUUUUCCUCUCGAGUCUCUCACUCUCUCUCUCUUUUUCCUCUCUCUCUCCUCUCUCUCCUCUCUUUUUCCUCUCGUGUCUCUCACUCUCUCUCUCUUUUUUUCCUCGAGUCUCUCCUCUCUCUCUUUUUUUCCUCUCGAGUCUCUCACUCUCUCUCUUUUUUUCCUCUCGAGUCUCUCACUCUUUUAUUUCUCUCUCGAGUCUCUCUCUCUUUUAUUUCCCUUUCGAGUCUCUCUCUCACUCUUUUAUUUCUCUCUCGCGUCUCUGUCUCUCUUUUAUUUCCCCCUCGUUUCUCAUUCUCUUUCUCUUUUAUUUCCCUCUCGUUUCUAA